UCACCUACACCUACAGCCAGUGCAUUAAACCAAAGCAUCCUAACAACAACCCCUCACUCCCUCACCCUCACCCUGAUUACCCCCUCUACCACCCCAAUCAUCACCACACCAAGUAUAACCAAAAAUGUGGCACCCCACCCGCCGCGCAAUCCACACCCGCGCCGCCCCCGCGCCACCACCCUUCCUCUCCCAAGCCAUCGUCGCCAACAACACCGUCCACUGCUCCGGCCAAAUCGGCGUCGACCCCGCCACCGGGGAGCUCGUGAAGGGGUCGGUCCAAGCGCGAGCUGAACAAAUCCUCCGCAACCUCCGCGCCGUUCUCGAAGCCGCGGGCUCCAGCCUCGACGACGUGGUCAAAGUGAAUAUCUUCCUCACGGAUAUGGGGGAUUUCGGGGCGGUGAAUGAAGUUUAUAUUGGGGUUUUCGGGGGGGGGGGCCGGGCGCGUACGUGCGUGGCGGUGAAGUCGUUGCCGAUGGGGACGGAUGUGGAGAUUGAGUGUUCGGCGGUGGUGAGGGACCUUUCUACCACCAGGGGGGCGAAGUUGUGAUAUUUUAACCCUAACCUGCAGUCUUGGACUGUAUCUCGUUUGCUGGGUGUGGUGGCUUAUAUAUGAUGUACGGGUAGAAGAGGGAGUAGCGGUGAUGGGCUGUGCUGUACAUUCUAUAAUUCAAGUAAAAGUGAUCUUUGAUUGGGGUACGGUAUUCGAAUUUGAGGAUAGUCCAGUGGCUGC